CAAUGAAUGCACCAUCAAAUAAUGUAGCGAGACUUGAAUUUGCGAUCACUCGCCGAGUAGUCCGCCCCCUCCGGUCGCCAAGCUCCAUGAAUCCCCUUGCCCUCCUCCUCGUCCCGCGCGCAUGCCCUUCGCUCCCGCUCCACACCUCUGCCCCGGUGCCCAACAGCACCAGAGCAGCCCGCCUCGCGCCUGCGCCCGCGCCCGCGCCCGCGCGGGGGCAGCAGGCCGCUCGGUUGUCGUUCUCGGUCUCGGCCAUGGUGGCGCCGCCGUCGCCCCGUGGAGGUGACGAGGUGGAGCGGUUCAACUGGAUGGACCAGUGGUACCCGUUUGCCCCCGUCUGCGACCUCGACCCCGGCGCGCCCCACGGCAAGACCGUGCUGGGUCUCCGCGUCGUCGCCUGGCACGACCGCGCCGUCAACCAGUGGCGCGUGUUCGACGACACGUGCCCGCACCGCCUGGCGCCGCUCUCCGAGGGCCGGAUCGACCACAAGGGCCGCCUCCAGUGCGUCUACCACGGCUGGUGCUUCGACGGCAGCGGCUCCUGCCAGUUCAUCCCCCAGGCGCCCGCCCUCGGCCCGCCUGUGCACAAGAACAACAAGGCGUGCGUGGCGUCGUACCCGAGCGUGGUGCAGAACAACAUCUUGUGGUUCUACCCGAGGGCGGACGCGGAACACCGGGACGUGCUGCAGAGGAAGCGGCCGCCCUUUAUUCCGGAGAUCGACGACCCCUCCUUCGCUACCAUGUUCACCAUCAGGGACCUCUCCUACGGGUACGAUGUGUUGCUGGAGAACUUCAUGGACCCCGUCCACGUCCCCUACGCGCACAAGGUGCUGCUUGGAAAACCCGCAGCAACUGCACUCGGUCCUGACAUGGGAAUGGUUGGCAAGCUUCACAACAAGGAAGACCCCGGAAGAGUUGAGUUCGACACAGAGGGUGGCGGGCCGAUAAGGAUGAAGAUAGAGGAGGCCAACGUGGACGGGUUCCUGUCCCCGCAGGACAACGGCGGAUACUACCGCUACGCCGCGCCGUGCACCUUCUACGGCUCGCCGCUUCCCUGGGACGCCCAGGGAGAGGACAAGAAGAGAAAGAAGCCUCACUUCAUGCACGUGUUCAUCUGCAUCCCCGUGGCGCCGGGAAGGAGCAGGGUGAUCACCGCCUUCCCGAGGAACUUCGGCCUCUGGCUGGACAACAUCAUACCACGGUGGUUCCACCACAUUGGGCAGAACGCCAUCUUGGACUCGGACACCUACAUCCUCCACAUCGAGGAGCGAAACUUCGCUGCCGCCGGCCUUGAAAACUGGCACAGAGCUGUCUACUUGCCUACGUCGUCGGACACCAUGGUGAUCGCCUUCAGGAGGUGGUUCAGGGAGCACUGCAAGAACCAGAUCGGCUGGCCGGCCACCACUGUCGAUCAGCUCCCGGCGACUCCAACUAAAGACAAGCUCAUGGACAGGUACUGGUCACACGUCGCGCAGUGCAGGGCCUGCAGCGCAGCGCUCAAGGCCAUGAAGGCGCUGGAGGUGGCCCUGCAGCUCGCGGCAGUCGCAGUCGUCGGGUUCCUCGCCGUCGACAAGGGGACACUGGUAACGUCGGCCGCGCAUAAAACCGCCGCCGUGUCGUUAUCUGUGUUUUGCUUUGCUGCCUCCCGCUGCCUCGCGAGCUUCAUCCACAGCAAUUUCUAUUUUCAGGAUUACGUCCAUGCUUACAAAUAAAGAUAUAUCCUCUCACUUCUUUCUGAAUAAAACAAUGGGAUUUGCUAGUUCUUCGCUAGAUGAGAGCUAGCUUUAAUGCUCAGUUAGUUUGAGGUUUGUUGGAUUGUUUUGUGUGUCAACAUUCGUGCCUAUGGUUGUUUUUUUAUCUUUUGCUUGUAACUGUUGUAGUCUGGCCCUUUAUUUACUAUUGGGCCGUUGUAUGAGCCUUUUCUUCCA